AUGUCAGCAAGCGCUGCUAGUAGCGCUCGCGUCGCCCUCCUCGCCGAGGCCUCUCGGCGCUCGGAAGUGCCUGGCGCCGGCUCGCCUGCGUUUCCUGGAGUGACGCCACCACUGAGGCUCGCAGUUGAGCCGUCCUCUGAUCGCCGCAGCCUUGUGUCCGACGGGCAGUCGCUGGCCCCGGGGCCAUUGGAGGGCGAUGCCAAUGGUGCUGCCGCUUCCGCUGCCUGCAAGCCUCCGCCACCGUCCGCCCCACUGCUCCACGCCGGCCACUACGUCGUACUGCUGCUGCUCAACUGCAUCGGCGCAUUCUCCUCCGACUGCUACAUCCCGAAUCUGUCCGACGUGGUCGACGACCUGAAGGCCACGGACCAGGAGGUGAGCCUCACCAUCCAGGUCAACUGGUACAUGCUCGGCUUCGCCACACCGAUCGUCGGCUAUCUCUCCGACGUGUACGGCCGCAAGGUCGUCAUCUGCUCGACGCUGCUCGUCUACGUGGUGGGCGCCGUGGGCAGUGCGCUCGCGCCGACGAUCGGAUGGCUGCUCGCCGCGCGGUGCGUGCAGGGCGUGGGCGAGUCCGUCUCGAUCAUCACCUCUGCCAUCAUCCGCGACGUGGUCGACGACAAGCAGCGCCGGAUGCGAGUGCAAGCCUACUUCACGACGAUGCGGCCGCUCAUGCUGCUCGGGGGGCCGAGCGUCGGCGGCUUCAUCGGCACCGCCUUCGGAUGGCGGAAUCUGAUGAAGGGCCUCUCUUGCUGGGGCGGCCUCACCAUCCUCCUCAUGUACUUUAUCCCAGAGUCGAAUGCGGCGCUGCGCCGCAUGUACUCCAACGUCGACUUUGUCGGACUGACGGUCGCCGCGGCGAUCAACAUGGGCGCGGCGCGAGACUGA